AUGGUGCGAUUAGAGGAUCUACCGGGAAAAACGGCAACGAGAAGAGCUGUUAGAACCAAAGUAAGAACCGGAUGUAUUACGUGUCGAAUCCGACGCGUUAAAUGCGAUGAAGGAAAGCAAAGUUGCAACAGGUGUCUGUCUACGGGUAGGGUUUGCGAUGGAUAUGAUUUAACCGUUCGAGUCGUCAAUCCAUUGGGCAGGGCUCGGCAAAAAGGUGUAGCAAGAGCUUCUGGUGAUUUGACUAUGCCGCCAACACUACUGAACAGCAUAUUGGGAACUGAAACGGAGAAAAACUUCUUUUACACCUGCAGACGUGCAACUGAAUCAGGUGUAGCUUUACAUAUAUGCUGCGUUACAUCAUUCUGGACCCGACUCGCACCGCAGCUUAGCCAUGAAUACGACGCAGUACGCCACGCAGUUAUAGCAGUUGGCGCCGCUUACCACUUGCACAAGGUGGCCGAUAUAACCUCAAUACCACGAGGCACGAAAGAGAAAAUUGAAAUAUUUAUACUUCAACAAUACAACAAGUCUAUCUCUAUCUUACGACAGGAUAUUUUACAGAAGCGCUACAUUUGCGAUACCGGAGUCGUUCUAAUAUGUUGCCUCGCAUAUAUUUAUCUGGAGAGUCUUCGCUUGAACCAUGCAGCGGCCAUAAAGCAUCUCAAAAAUGGAAUACACAUCAUCGAAUCGUCGGUUGACCUCAAAAGUCUACGUAACCACACUUCAGCUAGCCAUCGCCAUAAGGGAAAGAGCGCGAUUCUGUCUACCCAAGAUUUAUGGGGCAUCGUCUUACAAUUUCGGAACUGUGAGCUAUGCAUGCACUGCUUCUCAUCGGAGGUCCCCAUGACUUUGGGGAGCAAGCUAUAUGAGAAGCACUCAGUCAAUACAGCCGCCGCUCAACCCAAGUCUAUCAGAAGCAUUGCGGAGGGCCAUGAAGCAAGGAUUCAAUUGGCCAGUGAGGUCAUGUCUUGCGACUGGCAGUGGCAAGCAUUCAAGCACCAACCCACAUUUUGGGUAGAAAGCCAUGUUCACCAGGAACUAUCUUCCCUUCGGCAACGAGGUCGUUUUAUUGACUUAAGCCUGCAAGCAUAUAUGUCCAGUCCAGCUGCUCCUAGCAAAGGAACUUGGGAGUACUAUAGUCUUUGCAUGGAUAUGCUUCACACUGUGUCCAUCUUGGCUGUAAUUGAGCUCAUGCCAGUACCCCCCGAAGAGCAUGCUAUUCUGGUGCAUUCGGCGAGUUUUCAGAACGAGAUUCUUGGUAAGAUGAUUGCAUACGGUGAGGAGAUGCACGCUGUGCACACCUCUUUAGGCUGGCCGCCGCCGGAUGUCAGCCUUGAAACUUCGAUAGUUGGUCCAAUGUAUUGGGUAUAUGUGUAUAGCGCCCAUCCUCAGGACAAGAAAAGGGCGAUAAAAAUUUUGCAAGAAACAAAGCAAAGAGAAGGGCCAUGGGAUGCCAAACAGAUUUUGACGAUGCUAAAAUGGGAUGCGGAACGGCAGUGCAGCUGCGAGACGUUACGCAAGUGGGGAGGCGACGCCAAUUGCUAUGAGCAUUUUAAAUAA